AUGUUGCUGAUCCCCAAGGACGACGAAGUCCGCCUUGCCAUCGUGCAAGCCAGCUCAGAUUGCCAGGUGGAGCCUGUUUUCUGGGAUGGCACAGUUGGCAUCGUGUCUUCCCGUUCCAGAGCCCUAGGGUCAGCAGAAUGUCAACUAGUGGAUCUAGGUUGGGAAGCAGUCGGCAGUUUCUUCAAGUCAACAGUGCUCAGAGGCAGUGCUGCUCGGAAUACCAGGGUGAUUCAUUUCCAAGUCGAUGGCCAACCUGGCCGCCCAGCUGCUGCAUCAGCUCUGCAGUUAGCAGAAUCCUGGCUAGGCGAGGGUUCAGGGUUGGACGAAGAGGUUGCAGCGGAUUAUCACACUGGAGUCGAAUUCGAAGAAGCCGACGAAGGGGUUCCAUCUCCUUCCCUGGCUCCGGCCGGGGAUCAUGGGGAAGUCAGCCAGCUGAGGGAACGUCUGAAAGCCUUAGAAGCCGAGUUAGUCCGUGCUCGACAGCCUGUAGCCCAACCGAAGCCUCCUCCUCUGCCCGGCUUGCCAGGCGGUGGGAAACAUGGAGGGGAGCAGCGCCUUUUCGGGAGCCCGGCUACAUCAGCAGGUCUUCGUGCCGACGAGUUGGCAAAGUUGCAGCAACUGGCCGGCAAUCCUCCGGGGCGCCUUGGAGCUGCAGUUCAGCGUCAGGGGGCCAAUCAACAAUCUUUGUAUCCCAUGCUGGAGGGCCUUCAUGCAGAAGCCGAGAAGGGUGUGAUAGAAGAUCUGGCAUUGCCCGGACCGGAGUUGGAUGUAGACCCCGAACUGGUUUCAGAUCCGAUUCAACGCAUGUUGCUUUUGCAGAUGAAACAAAACUCUGUGUUGAUGCAGCGAAUGAUGGCUCCCAAAGACCCUUUCUCCUCCCUUCUAAGCGGAGGGGGCAACGAGUCAGGAAGCAGCUCAAGCAGUGCAAAGGGGUGCAUGGCGAGAGACAUGUAUCUAAAGACUGUUCAGGACUUGCCUCGAGUGGGCGAGGUCGCCAGGCAGAAUGCUCUUCAGGAAUUAGGCAUUUCUAUGGACAAGGAGGACAAGGACCUCAUGCACCAGUACAUAGAGAGGCGGGUUCCUUUAGCGGAGAAUCGCAUGCUGGCCCACUUUGCAGUUCUUGCGGCCGAAGGAUGGUCGAUUGCUCAUGUUGCCCAGAAUCCAGUCAUGAAAGGGUUCAUAGCCAGAAUGCUCUUUUUCAUAGAACAGAGUGCCCUGGACAAUUCUCGCCUAGAGUUAGGUUGGCUGAUGUCGGGAUUUCCCGAACCAAACGCACACCUGCAUUUCUCAGUGAAACGGACGCCGGGGUUGAAACCAUUCACGCGUCUGGCCUCUCCGCUGUGGGUGUCGGCGAAUUUAGCCUUCCUCCGAGACUUGGACUAUAUAGAAGGCCGAAUUCAGACUCUUGGCAAGCCAAAGGGAAAGCAGACCAAUGUCAGUGCCGAGCUCGAGGACGGGCCAAAACCAAAACCAAAACCAAAGGGCAAGAAGGGCAAGAAGGGCUCCGGGAAGGACGGAGAAGCCACCGAGGGGGUGGAGUUGGACGGCUUGCAGACACCUCGGACCCAGGAGACGCAAGCGCAAGCGUCAGCUGCAGAUCCUCCAUCGUUCUGUGCAGUUGGUGUUGGCUUGUUUGAACUGGGUGUAAUUCAAAUGCUGCAGGAACUACCGUCCUGUGAACUGACGGGUGAGGACCUAGAGCAAACCUUAAUCAAGUUGCAUGAUGAACUCGACCCUUACUCCAGCCAUUUUGGUAGGAACAGCCGGCUUUUCCUGUUGAACGUGUAUCGAACCUUGGUGUUAGUCCAGGCUAUGGCCAUUGGCAGCAAAGCAGCUGCUCACUCGAGCGUGAGUCCGAUGCCUGUCCAAGCAGUGCAGAAGUCUGCCAGCGAAGUAGGUCUGCCCCUUGAAGAGGUGAUCGCUGUGCCGUUGCCAGAGCCAGCGUACAACCCUCGCGAAUGGUUUGAGGACCCUGAGUGGAUUAGCGAGAUCUGCGAAUCAUUAGCUUUUCGGGAAGUUUUCCGUUUCAACUUUGUAAAGUCGGGGCACAUCAAUGUCAAUGAAACUCGCACCUAUAAGUCCUGGAUUAAACAUAUGGCCAAGUCAUCCCGUGAUUCACGUUUUGUUGGUCUUCUUGAUUCCAGGGUCACCUUGGGGGCUAGUGCAAAGGGUCGAUCCAGUUCAUUUGCUAUUAGCCGGGUUCUACAGGGUAGCAUUGCUUACAUCAUAGGGGGUAACCUUUAUCCGGGGGGUCUGCAUUGCUACUCAGCAUUCAAUAAAGCUGAUGGCCCAUCCAGGGGCCGUCGUAUCGAGCCUCCCACGAAGGACAAGCCAGCCUGGUUUGAGCAAUUAGCGGCUGGAGAUACCAGAGCUUUUGACGUAGUUGUAGACUCUUCCCGAGUUGCUCGAGUGCCUGGUCGCUGGAUUCGUUUUAUCCUGUUGAUUCUAGCCGGAGAUGUUGAACUGAAUCCUGGUCCCUCUUGUUCCACUAGCAGGCGUGACUAUCCACGCCCACGGGGAGCGUUAGAUCUGACAGUGGGUUUCGCCCCGGAGACUGCUUCAAGAAUGCAGCAGUGCGUAGAGGCCUUUGCUGAAUGGGUGCGAGAGUCUUGUGAUAUAGCUUUUGAGAGGUUAGUGCAUGACCCUCCUGCAGUGGGGUGGGCUCUUAGGGCCUAUGGCAUACAGCUGUUUGAGAAGGGUCUUCCAAGGUAUCUUUUCGUGUAUGCUAUCACUGGAAUGGCCGAGAAAUUUCCUCAGUGCAAGCCAUGUUUGACCCUAGCCUGGCAGAUCGAUAAGAAAUGGCAGAUCCAUGAACCAGGCCAGUGCAGAGCAGUCCUUCCAGGAAUUGCCAUCCGUGCUGCGGUCUUAGUAGCUACCUUUUGGGACUGGCAUUUCUGGGUUGGCUUAGUGCUGUUGGGCUUUGCAGCGAUGCUCCACCCAAGUGAGAUGGUUUCAUUGACAAGGAAGGUAUACCUCACCGCCAAUGUCAGCGGGGGGCCACUCCUGGAACACUUCGUGGCAGUGGCGCUACCUUCCUUUAUGGUCGCACCGAAGAUACUUUGGGCGAAGCUGCGUGGCCGGUCCUAUGCGAGCGCUGGUGCCUGGCAGAGCGCUAUCCUGGAUUUUAUGGAGCUUGCAGCGCAGAACCUGAAGAGCGGAAGUGAGAAAGCCGGAGCCUGUGGCUCCUACUUGAGCCAGGCUGCCUUGAAAUUCUCCAAGCAGUUGACGAAGGAUCAGGUUCCCGGGCUCAGGGCGCGGCAAGAAACCGAGAGAUACCAAGGUCUUUACGAUGUUGAGAGCCCUGGUCCAGAGGAUUGGAGACAGCAUUGCGGAUGGCAGGUGUUGUACACCGAUUUCCUCAUUUUGCUUCGCUUGAAAGGCAAGUGGCAGAUCAUUAGCAUCUUGGCAGCGUGGAAGGGUCAAAGUGCGACAGGCAAAGUCUUCUCGGCUGUCCCUCUGUCGCAGCUCUGGUACACGGAGCCCUACGACACCUUAGCCUUCGCGGCCAGCGACCCGGUGAGGGGUGUCUUGGAAUACUUUCGUGGCGGUCACCUUUCGAGGCCUGACAUCUUGAGUCAGAACUUCCACGAGGUGGCGCGUCUCUGCUUCUCCAAUGCAGAGGAAGAGCUGGUCUGCUGGUCCAGGAGCGACUUCGCAGAGGUGCUGCGACAGCAACCGGUGACGGCCGCGGAAUCGGAGGCGCUGCGCUUCGACAAGAUCUUGGGCGUGGACAAGGCAGGCCCUGACGUGGCGUUGAUCAAAUUGCAGAUCGGGUAUCCACCUCUUUUGUACACCGACUUCUUGUCCAUGCUGCGGUUGCAUGGCCAUUGGUGGAUCAUUGCCAAGAGCAGCGACAGUGAAAGCUUCGAGUGA